AUGGCGGUGCAGGGCCAGCUGGACCUCAAGCUUGGAGACCGGCGAGCCCUCAAAGCAAGCAUCGCUGGCAUGUGCGGGCUGCUUCUGUGGAGGAUGCAGUUGAGCUGUGCGCCCCACCCCUGUUUUGCAAGCUCGCCAAGCCUGCGGGUCUCAAGAAGUCGACCGCUGAGUCGCGAGCAUCUCGCUGGCACGGCGCAUGCGUCAUCCUCGCAUGCCAGGCUUAAUUGUGGCCGAACUCUUGCAGCUCCUGCGGCGCUUCUGGCUGGAGCGGGAGCUGGUGCCGCCGCCAACUCCCGUCGGCGCAGGUCAUUCGCAGGCCGGAAGUCUGCACAGGCGGAUGGAGAGAUGGCUCGGGAUCCAGAAGCAGGAGCCGAACGGGUGGCCCGGGAUCCAGAAGCGCCACGUUCGCAGGCAGCCGAACCCAGCAGGGGUGAAGGCGACGAUGGCCUGAAGGGGUUUGUCAGAAAAUUGAAGGAAGAUCCUGAGUUUCAGGAGGAUGUGAAGACGUUUUUCACGUCACUCACCGUGGCUCUUUUGAUCAGAGGUUUCCUGGUCGAGCCGCGCUUUAUUCCGUCCUUGUCCAUGUACCCGAACUUCGACAUAGGUGACCAGCUCACAGUUGACAAGGUCUCGAAGCGUUGGCGCGAGUACCAGCGCAGAGAUGUUGUCGUCUUCAACCCGCCACCAGCUUUCAGCCUUGUUGUUGGCGGUGACAGAUCUGGAGAUGCGUUGAUCAAGCGAGUUGUCGCCCUCGCGGGGGACACGGUUGAGAUAAAGAAUGGCGGAACUUUGUACAUCAACGGUGAGGCACAGGACGAACCUUUCACGAACGAGGCUGCAAAGUACGACUUUGGACCUAUAACAGUUCCAGACGGAUGUGUCUUCGUCCUCGGCGACAACAGGAACCAAUCUCUGGAUGGGCACGUUUGGGGCCCCCUUCCUGUCGAAAACAUCAUCGGCCGGACGCGCGACUCUGAAGUUUUGGCCACCAUGGCAUGUUGGUUCCGUCGUCGCAGCUCCGCCUUGAGAUGCCCAAAGGCAUGCGCGGGCCGGAUCGUGAACGUUUAUGGCGGGUUUGGAUUCCUCAAACAACUUGGCAACGACGGUGAUGGUCAAGACAUCUUCUUUCGGGCAGCCGACGUUAUAGGCAUCAAUUGCCUUGAGCCCGGAAGUGCUUCGACCGAAUGUUUGGAGAUCAACUUGAGGACUAGCUCCAAGAAGUUCUACAUCAAUCUCGAGGACGAGGUGUCCUUUGUCAUGUCCAAGGACCUGACUGGGAAGCCAUGCGCCGCUUCGGUGGUGAAGGAACGAAAGGGUGCCUGGAGAACAAAUCGCGGCCGACGACUUCCUGGCGUAAAGGAAAAGAAAGAAACCAUCAAAGAUCAGGUUAAGCGCCUGACGGCCAUGGACACAGAUCAGGUCCUGCAGAAUGCAACGCUCUUCAAGGACAUCCUGGACAGUCCUGACUUUGAAUUCUCACACCUGUACAAAGUCAUCACGAUGCUGGCAUCCAAGGAUUUGCUGGAAGACACCCGCUCAGAUCGGAUUUAUCGACUUUUUCUGGAGUCCAAUGCAAUGCAGGCAUGUCUUCGAACAACCAUCAUCAAGCAAGGGGCAGGCCGUCAUCAUGGAAACUUUCUGGAGGACAACCUGUCUACGUGUGCGCUGCAUGCGCAUGUCA